CAUUACAGUGAUAUAUACGCAAACAAGCCGUAGAUCUAGAUCGCUCUAAAUCGUUAAACGGAGACAGCCAAUAAUAGACGCCCGUUGAAGAUCAUGCGCACAUUUGUGCUUGUGAGUGGCGCGCUGUGCGUGGCAGCGGUCGUUAAUGCCGGUGGUCACCUCGGAGGAUACGGAGGUGAUAGCCUAGAGCUUGGCGGAGGAGGGGAUCUGGGCGGAGGAGAACAUGAAGGCCAUGGCUAUGUUAAGGACAUUACCAAGAUCAUAACAAAAGCGGUACCCAAGCCGUACCCUGUCCCGGUACCAAAACCUUAUCCCGUUCAUAAGGUAGUGCCUGUACCUCACACUGUACAUGUGCCUAAGCCAUAUCCUGUUCCAGUGAAGGUACCCGUAGUUAAGAAGAUCCCCCAGAUCGUGCCUGUUCCCAAGCCUUACCCAGUACCUAAACCUUAUCCUGUACCCAAGCCAGUGCCUGUACCGGUUCCCGUGCCCGUUUACAAAGACAGUCCGUAUCCCGUUUAUAAGCAUAUUCCUAUUCCAGUUCACAAGCCUGUUCCGGUGCCUGUGAAGGUCCCUGUUCAUGUGCCUUUGCCCGUCCACAAAGAGAUUCCCGUGCCCCAGCCCGUUGAGGUCCCUGUGAAGGUGCCUGUGUACAAGCAAGUUUACGUCAAAAAGCCCGUCAUCGUGCCAGAGCCUGUCUAUGUGAAAUCACACCAUGGCCACGGCGAUUUUGGAAUUGGCGGAGGUCUGGGAGGCGGACACGGGGGUGGUCUUGACGGAGGUUACGGCGGUCACGGAUGGUAAAGAAAUGCAACGAUACCGUAUUACAAUGCGUUAAAAGCGUCCACCAUCUUAAGAGAAGGAGACAACUGUCAUCAUUGUUACAGCGCUUUUGACAAAGCAGUUACCUUAAUCAUGUUCAAAAGCACGUUUGAUACUAGGUUAAAAUCACACGGUUUUCAAAAAACCGAAAGCCGAUUGUAUAGAUAACUGUAAAUAAACUGAUGUAAAAAGUUUUAAGUAUUA